AUGCAGCUCGGAAACAACAUGCUAGAAGGUCCUAUUCAAUUCUGUCUCAGUAAAAUUCAACAUUUUAGUUCUGUUUUAAAUCUCGGAAUGAAUAAACUCUAUGAAGAAAUCCUCAAAUGCAUCAGCAAUCUUGAUAAGUUAGAGAUUCUUGAUAUCUCAAGCAAUGGUUUCUCUGGUGAAAUACCCUCAGAAGUAAACAAUAUGAUAUCACUUUCAGUUGUCAACAUACCUUUUAAUCUUCUCUCAGGCAGAAUCCCAGAUUCCUGGGCAAAAAUCAUGGAUUCACAUCCAGGAUUUUCACCUGGAAACCCUGAACUCUGCUUAAUAAGCACUGAAUCCACUAAUUGUAGAGAAGGAGACAGAAAAUCACAUACUAGAGCAAAAAUCCUAGCGGGGAUCCUUGCCCCAGUCCUUCUGUUGCAGUCAAGAACAGAAGAUUUACCCGAAGACUUAAAUUUCGAGGACAUUCUACAUGCAACAGAACGUUCGAGUGAUAAAUACGUUAUUGGAAGAGGCAAGCAUGGGACAGUUUACAGAACACAAUCUGUGAGAUCAAGAAAGAACUGGACCGCUACGAAAGUGGACUUAUCCAAGAUUAAAAUUAGCAUGGAAAUGAGAACUUUAAGUCUGAUCAGACACCAGAAUGUGGUGAAAAUGGAAGGAUACAGCAUCAGAAAUGGAUAUGGCUAUAUUGUAACAGAUUACAUGCCAGGGGGAACUAUUCAUGAAUUAGUACAUCAAGAAAAACCGCGAAGGCCUUUGAAUUGGGAAACUCGUUUUCUUAUUGCUCUUGGCAUUGCUCAGGGAUUGUCAUAA